AUGGCCCCACCAGUAAAAAAACGAAAAGAAUGGGACAAAGUCAAUAUGAAAAAUGCUACUGAAGCCGUGAGAACCCAAAGAAUGGGUUAUAAGAACGCUGCACAGGUCUUUAAUGUACCUCGGACUACCCUUUUUCGGUUCUGUCAUACCAACGAACCAAAUAUAGACUGCCGCUUUGGUCGUAAAACAGUUUUGGGACCUGACAUUGAACAUAUGUUAGUACAGUAUGUCAAGCAAAUGGAUAAACUGUAUUUUGGGCUAACACGAAAUGAUGUUAAGAGAAUGGCAUAUCAGUUGGCGAUAAAAAAUAAUUUAAAACAUCCUUUUAAUAAUAGAACAGCUACACGUAAAUGGUUAAAAGGGUUUUUAGCAAGGCAUAAAGUACUUUCUCUGCGCCAACCUACAGGUACAUCAUUUGCUCGAGUUAAAGGCUUUACGAAAGAAAAUGUUAAAUCCUUUUUUGAUUUACUGGAAAAGGAAUUUGAACUAUUUAAAUUUCCACCAACUAGGAUCUACAACGUCGACGAGACUGGGCUUAGCAUAGUCCAAUCGAAGACACCAAAGGUUUUAGCUACGAGGGGUAAAAAACAAGUCGGAGCCCUGACUUCUGCGGAAAGCUGGUGA